AUGGCGAACUUGAGAGGAGGCUUCCGUGCCCUCUCAUGGGCGAAUCAACUGCUAUAUCACCAGCGCCCUUCCUGGAAAUGCGCCUCUUGCAAGGUCACUCCUCCCGCGGUCGUACGGUCCGCCCGUCGAUAUGCGACCACCUCGGAGGGAACUUCGACAGCGAAGCCAUACUAUAUCACGACACCCAUCUUUUACGUUAAUGCCGCCCCCCACGUCGGUCACUUAUACACCAUGGUCAUUGCGGACGUUCUGAAGCGAUGGAGGACACUUGUCGGAGACAGUGAGGCACAAUUAUUGACAGGAACGGACGAACAUGGAAUGAAGAUCCAGCAGGCCGCGAUCUCUGCGGGUAUCGAUACGCAAGCGUUUUGCGAUAGGAACUGCAAGACUUUCAAGGAUCUGGCUAAAUCCGCGGAUAUGGACUAUAACUACUUUAUCCGGACAACGGAACCUGCGCAUAAAGAGGCCGUUCAGUACUUCUGGGAGAUGUUACAACACCGAGGUUACAUAUACACGGCGAAGCAUGAGGGAUGGUACUCUGUCAGUGACGAGACGUUCUAUCCGCAAUCCCAGGUUCAUCUCUCGUUGGACCCUGCCACUGGGCGGAAAAGAAUGGUUUCUAUCGAAACGGGGAAGGAAGUCGAGUGGUCCUCUGAAACGAACUAUCACUUUCGCUUGUCAGCUUUCCAAGAUCGCUUAUUAGAACUGUACAAAACUGGGUUCAUCACACCGGAGCAUUACGCUGGGGAUGUGGUGAAAUCGGUCUCCUCCGGACUUUCGGAUUUGUCAAUUUCGCGGCCAGUUGAACGGUUGACAUGGGGAGUCCCGGUCCCGAGCGAUAGCACGCAAACGAUUUACGUUUGGCUGGAUGCCCUUGUCAAUUAUCUUACAAAGGCCGGAUACCCUUUCCCACCUGGUGAAGGAAGCCGCGGUGGGUGGCCAGCAGAUGUCCACGUCGUCGGCAAGGACAUUGUUCGAUUCCAUUGUGUCUACUGGCCAGCAUUCCUCAUGGCCCUAGAUCUCCCGAUCCCUCGGAACGUUCUCGUCCACGGACAUUGGACGAUGAACCGGGAGAAGAUGUCAAAGUCGACGGGAAACGUAGUCAAUCCCUUUUUCGCGAUCGACCGUUUCGGAGUUGACACCAUGCGCUUCUUUCUGUCUUUCCAGGGAGGCUUUGCGUCAGACGCUGACUACGACAACGCCCACAUUAUCCGCGAUUACAAGAAAUACCUUCAGCAGGGUAUUGGCAACAUCGCCCACCGCACAAUUGGCUGUGCGAAGAAAAACCUGCGGACAUAUAUCGUCAAUGCCGUAACUGGAAAAUCCCCCGCAACGCGUACAGAUCAGGAGUACCAGAAAAUGCUGGAGGAACUCUCCACCAAGGUAGCGGAGCAUAUGGAGAAACUUAACCCGCGCGCCGCCUUACAGGAGAUCAUGGCGGUAAUCUUACAGACAAACAAGUAUUUCCACAACUCGGAGCCGUGGAAGAAUCCAGAACAGAACCAGCGUGUGCUGUAUAACGUCGCCGAAUCAAUGCGUAUCACGGGAAUCUUAUUACAGCCCUUUAUGCCUACCAAGGCUAAAGAGACCCUCGAUCUCUUCCGAGUUGAUGCUUCGAAACGGGGCAUCUCGGAUGCAAGAUACGCAUCGGACUCGGAUUAUGGUGAGGGCAUUAAGAAAAAGAUCCUGUUCGAGCCGCUUAUAUUCGAGAAUUAA